UGUGUUCCAUUUCGAGUUGUUUUGAAAAGCGCGCCAUGAACGUAUCGAAUUUAUGAAAGAUGUCGGCGCGCCCUGAGAGAAUAUGUUCGGCUCGCUUAUCGUGAGCGCCAGUUGGCGUAUUGAGUGAAACUGUGUAAGAUAAUUCGAUGCAGUUCCUGUGAGGAAAGCCUGCGGUUGGUUGUGAGUUUGUGACACAAGUUACCUGAAUUUCAAUGCGCGUAGUCUGUUGCGUCGAUGUCCUUCGCUGCUUUCUUCAAUCGGUGAGAAGUUGUGUUCAUGGCGUGUUGGCUGGUUUUAAAAAUCUGACUACCAUGGAGGACGUGAUGAGAGAUAGUCAAAUUCAGUUCAGCAAUCAUACGCUGGACAAAGCCACUAAAGCCAAAGUUACUUUGGAAAAUUAUUACAGCAAUCUUCUUGUGCAGCAUAUGGAGCGAAAACAGCGGUACAAUCAACUGGAAGAGUCAAUGGCAGCUGAAGGACUCUCCGAAACUCAGAAGGAAGAAAAGCGACAACAGCACGCUCAGAAGGAAACGGAGUUUCUUCGAUUGAAACGUUCGAGACUUGGAGUUGAGGACUUCGAACCUCUUAAAGUCAUCGGUCGGGGUGCUUUCGGAGAAGUUCGGUUAGUGCAGAAAAAAGAUACCGGACACGUUUACGCCAUGAAGAUCCUUAGAAAAGAGGAUAUGCUUCAGAAAGAACAAGUCGCUCACGUCCGCGCUGAAAGGGAUAUCCUGGUGGAGGCCGAUCAUCAAUGGGUUGUCAAAAUGUACUAUUCGUUCCAGGAUCCCAUAAAUUUGUACCUGAUUAUGGAAUUCCUCCCUGGAGGAGACAUGAUGACCCUUUUGAUGAAGAAAGAUACCUUGUCGGAGGAAUGCACGCAGUUCUACAUUGCGGAAACAGCUUUAGCAAUUGAAUCUAUUCACAAGUUGGGGUUCAUUCACCGGGAUAUCAAGCCGGACAAUUUGCUUCUCGAUGCCCGUGGGCACAUUAAAUUAUCGGAUUUCGGGUUGUGCACUGGGCUCAAGAAGUCGCACCGGACUGAUUUCUACAGGAAUUUGUCUCAGGCCAAGCCAUCGGAUUUCUGUAAGUUCACGAUGCGACUCCCGAUGUUCGCGGAACACGCAUCCAAUCCGAUGGACAGCAAACGAAGGGCAGAAUCUUGGAAGCGUAACAGAAGAGCUCUUGCCUAUUCCACUGUCGGUACUCCGGACUACAUCGCUCCGGAGGUUUUUCUUCAAACGGGUUAUUCUUCAGCUUGUGAUUGGUGGAGUCUGGGUGUCAUCAUGUAUGAAAUGCUGAUCGGUUAUCCGCCGUUUUGCAGUGAGAACCCUCAGGAAACCUACAGAAAGGUGAUGAACUGGAAGGAGACACUCGUGUUCCCGCCGGAAAUCCCGAUCUCGGAAGAAGCGAAGGAAUGUAUCCUGCGAUUUUGCUGUGAUGCUGAGCGACGCAUGGGUGGACACGGUGGAGCGGAAGAGCUGAAGCACAAUCACUUCUUCCUCGGUGUCGAUUGGGAGCAUAUUCGCGAACGACCUGCUGCCAUCAAGGUCGAGGUCAAGUCAAUCGACGACACGUCCAAUUUCGACGAGUUCCCCGAUGUCGACCUGAGAAUCCCCUCGUAUCAUGGAGCAGAAGAAGAGGAGACGUACACCAAAGACUGGGUGUUCAUUAAUUACACGUUUAAGCGUUUUGAGGGCCUUACGCAAAGAGGAGUGUCGAAAAGUGGAUCUAAAAAGUGA